AUGUCUGUGAAACAAGAGACAAUGGACGACAUUCAACUCAAAGAGAACCCUGGCUCGACAGACUUCGUUAAGAAGCUGUUCCAAAUGCUGGAAGAUGACUCCUACAAGAGUGUGGUCAGGUGGACCGACACUGGAGACUCUUUUAUCGUGAUCGACACCAACGAGUUCACUAAGGAAAUUUUGCCCAAGCACUUCAAACACUCCAACUUUGCCAGUUUUGUGCGCCAGCUCAACAAAUAUGACUUCCACAAGGUUAAACUGUCCAGUGCGGAGAAGAAGAACAUUCGUUCGACCGGCCUGGACGAAAGCACCUGGGAGUUCAAGCAUCCAGAUUUCCGUGCCCACGAUAUAAUGAGACUGGAGAACAUCAAACGAAAGGCUCCACUUCCAAAGAGACCCGAAGAGGCAAACCAGAAGUCGAUUUCGAAACUGGAAAAAGAAAUUGGCGUGCUCAAGACAGAGAUAAAGUCUGUUAGCUCUGCUUUGAAACUUACUCAGUCCAAGUACAAUACUUUGGUCGAGAGCUUUGUUCACAUGAAAAGCUCUCACGACAUGUAUGCUAGCUCGAUUUCGACUCUCGCCUCUUCGCUCGUGGCUGCGGGAAUAAAGGUUCCUCCGUUAGAACUCCCGCAGACCACUGCCACUUCCACAAAGACCUCGCAACCGGUAUCGGUAUCGGUUUCUCCUGGAAAUAAGAUUUUGCAGUUGCAAAAACAAUCCCAGAAGUCUCCAACUGUCGAGCAUACUCCGCUGGUGACACCAAACCCAUUCAGAAGACCCAGCGGAUCGCCCAUACAUGUGCUGCUGGUGGAAGACGAUGUCGUCUGCAUCCAGCUCUGUCGCAAGUUUUUGAUGAAAUACGGCUGCACAGUUGAGGUUGUGACAGACGGAUUGGGUGCAAUCAGUAUUGUUGAAAAGGUGAAAUUUGACCUCGUUCUGAUGGAUAUUGUGAUGCCCAAUCUGGAUGGUGCUACUGCCUCUUCGAUCAUCCGGUCUUUCGACAGCGACACUCCAAUUAUCGCCAUGACGGGAAAUGUUCAAGAUAGUGAUUUGCGCACAUACUUGGAUCACGGAAUGACAGACAUCCUGGCCAAGCCCUUUUCCAAAGACGACUUGUACCAAAUUCUCGAGAAGCACCACAUGAAUAAGCGGCCGCUACCCAUCGCUGACCCGGUUCUGAACGGGGAGAAUGCAGCUGUGGACCUCUUUCAGACACCGGAACCUAAUGCGCUUGGCACGGUUGUGACGCCUGUUCUGGACCCGGUUGUCGGAACGGUUGUUUCUGUGGGUGACAUCAUCGAGUCGGAUAUUCAGAUUCCUAAAAGGCAGAGAAUUUGA